AUGGUGCUGUCCAGUCAGGUCAGACCUCACGACCCCAGUCACGACCCCAGUCACGACCCCAGUCACUACUCCAGUCACGACCCCAGUCACGACCCCAGUCACGACCCCAGUCACUACCCCAGUCACGACCCCAACCACGACCCCAAUCACGACCCCAAUCACGACCACAAUCACUACCCCAGUCACGACCCCAAUCACGACCGCAAUCACUACCCCAGUCACGACCCCAAUCACGACCCCAGUCACUACCCCAGUCACUACCCCAGUCACGACCCCAAUCACGACCACAAUCACUACUCCAGUCACGACCCCAAUCACGACCACAAUCACUACCCCAGUCACGACCCCAAUCACGACCCCAGUCACUACCCCAGUCACUACCCCAGUCACGACCCCAGUCACUACCCCAGUAACGACCCCAAUCACUACCCCAAUCACGACCCCAAUCAAGACCCCAAUCACUACCCCAAUCACGACCCCAAUCACGACCACAAUCACUACCCCAAUCACGACCCCAAUCAAGACCCCAAUCACUACCCCAAUCACGACCCCAAUCACUAUCCCAAUCACAACCCCAAUCACUACCCCAAUCACUACCCCAAUCGCUACCCCAGUCGCUACCCCAAUCACUACCCCAAUCACUACCCCAAUCACUACCCCAGUUACUACCCCAGUCACGACCCCAGUCACUACCCCAGUAACGACCCCAAUCACUACCCCAAUCACUACCCCAAUCACUACCCCAGUCACUACCCCAGUCACGACCCCAGUCACUACCCCAGUAACGACCCCAAUCACUACCCCAAUCACGACCCCAAUCAAGACCCCAAUCACUACCCCAAUCACGACCCCAAUCACGACCCCAAUCACUACCCCAAUCACGACCCCAAUCACGACCCCAAUCACUACCCCAAUCACGACCCCAAUCACUACCCCAAUCACGACCCCAAUCACUACCCCAAUCACUACCCCAAUCGCUACCCCAGUCGCUACCCCAAUCACUACCCCAAUCACUACCCCAAUCACUACCCCAGUUACUACCCCAGUCACGACCCCAGUCACUACCCCAGUAACGACCCCAAUCACUACCCCAAUCACUACCCCAAUCACUACCCCAGUCACUACCCCAGUCACGACCCCAGUCACUACCCCAGUAACGACCCCAAUCACUACCCCAAUCACGACCCCAAUCAAGACCCCAAUCACUACCCCAAUCACGACCCCAAUCACGACCACAAUCACUACCCCAAUCACGACCCCAAUCAAGACCCCAAUCACUACCCCAAUCACGACCCCAAUCACUAUCCCAAUCACAACACCAAUCACUACCCCAAUCACUACCCCAAUCGCUACCCCAGUCGCUACCCCAAUCACUACCCCAAUCACUACCCCAAUCACUACCCCAGUCACUACCCCAGUCACGACCCCAGUCACUACCCCAGUAACGACCCCAAUCACUACCCCAAUCACGACCCCAAUCAAGACCCCAAUCACUACCCCAAUCACGACCCCAAUCACGACCACAAUCACUACCCCAAUCACGACCCCAAUCAAGACCCCAAUCACUACCCCAAUCACGACCCCAAUCACUACCCCAAUCACAACACCAAUCACUACCCCAAUCACUACCCCAAUCACUACCCCAGUCGCUACCCCAGUCGCUACCCCAAUCACUACCCCAAUCACUACCCCAAUCACUACUCCAGUCACUACCCCAGUCACGACCCCGACCACGACCCCAAUCACGACCACAAACACUACCCCAAUCACGACCCCAAUCACUACCCCAAUCACGACCCCAAUCACAACACCAAUCACUACCCCAAUCACUACCCCAAUCACUACCCCAGUCACUACCCCAGUCGCUAA